GAUCGCGCAGCCGUCGGCGUCCAGGUGCCAGAUCGCGCGACCCAGCUCCACCACCACCACCCGUCACCAUGUCCAGCGAGGAGCUGGCUCGCAAGCUGCAGCGCCGGUUGAGACUAGAGGCGUUGACAGAGACCGAUCAGGGCGCCCCCCAGCCUACACCCUGCGCUGCCCCAGCAGGGAACCGGGAACCCGAACCGCCUGUCCGGGCACCCAUAGCCAACGCGGAUUCUGAGCUGAGCGCCAAGCUGAGCCGCAGGCUCGACAUCCACCAGGGCAUAGUGCGGUCCCGCCGCAGCAAGGUCUUCAACCCCUACACCGAGUUCCCGGAGUUCAGCCGUCGCCUCCUCAAGGAUCUGGAGAGCAUGUUUAAAACGUAUGAUGCAGGAAGGGACGGCUUUAUCGACCUGAUGGAGCUGAAGCUCAUGAUGGAGAAGCUGGGGGCUCCCCAGACCCACCUGGGCCUGAAGAGUAUGAUCAAAGAGGUGGAUGAGGACUUCGAUGGCAAGCUCAGCUUCCGGGAGUUCCUGCUCAUUUUUCACAAGGCUGCUGCUGGUGAGCUGCAGGAGGACAGUGGGCUGCUGGCCCUGGCCAAGCUCUCUGAGAUCAAUGUUGCCCUGGAGGGCGUCCGAGGUGCCAAGAACUUCUUCGAAGCCAAGGCCCAGGCCUUGUCAUGCUCCAGUAAAUUUGAAGCUGAGUUAAAAGCUGAGCAAGAAGAGCGGAAACAGGAGGAGGAGACCAGGAGGCUCCGCCAGGCAGCCUUCCGGGAGCUCAAGGCUGCUUUCAGCGCCUAGACCUGCUGACUUGACCUAUGACCACAGCUGUGCCUUACUGACGCCCUGGAGGAGAUGACCAGAAUUUUCACAUUUUUACCCUGCUGCCCUCUGCCUGAAUGACCUCCCCGCUCCCAACACCCCAGGCCUGUUUCUUAGUGCCUCUGGAUACCUGGAGACUGCUUUCGUCCUUCCCAGGGUCCUGGACUCUUCCAAAAGACUUGCCAGCUGGUCUUUCCUGCCUUCUCUCCUCUGCCACUAUCUGUAGCCGAGACUUGUUUCUUUGGAAACCAUCCUUGUUCCUGCGUGGUUCUAUGUCAGCGAAUCCUGUUUAUCCAUGGUUGCCCGUUUCUCGGAUGGGUCUUCUCUGCGGUCCUUGCGUUGUUUCCUGGCCACUUUAUCUUUUUGUCACUACUUGGACUCCGUUGACUUCUUUUUUAGCGUCUUCCAACCUAGUUGAUGGUGGGAUUUGAAGGAGGACUUGUGGAUCAUUACCUAUGCCCUCUCUAACUAGGGGCUAGUUUGCUGUCACAUUGCCUGUUUCCUGGCCUUUAACAGUGCCCACCCUCUUGUUCCCCCUCAUCUCUUUCUUUCUAUUUCAGCCAUUUCCCCGCUCCUUGGUCCUUUACUGUAAGAAUGAAAGAAUUGUUUGAAGUAAUAUUAAUGAGCAGAAGGAUAUCUGUCACCUGACUCCAUGCAAAUCAGAGUGGAUCCCUGAAAUUCUCAAGUGACACAUGAAGAUCUUUUGAAAUCCCAGAAGUUGUGACCAUCCUCUGGUGUCUGAUGUCAGCUCCAUGGAGCUGAGGGGAAGGUACUGUCAUCCACGGGACAGAGUUUUUUAGAUUGUGAGUUCUUGGGAUU